UAAAUUCCUUUUUUUCUCUGCGAUUGUCCUUUUUUGACUCACUUUUUCUUCUCAAGAAGGCGAAGUUUCUUCUCUUCAGAAAUGUUAAUUCUUUGUCGUGUGAUCCUCUACAGGAUAAAUCCCUAGACCCACCUUCUUGAUCGCGCUUAUUUUUUGUUUCCUUUGAAAAUUUCAAAUAUUUACUCCGUUGAUCGAGAUGGUUCAGUCUGCGGUGGAGGUUUUACUACCGUCGUUGUGGGAGAUUGAGGUUGCGGUGGUCGCUUCGUUUUUUCUGAUUGCUUCUUACUGGCUGUUCGCUUACAGAGGAGGCGGAGAUGGCGAUGUCGGUGGUGUUGGAUUUGAUCGGUCCGGUCUCAUGCAAAAUCUCGAUUCCGGUGACGCCAUCUUUGACAAAGACAAGAUGGGACAGUUGAGAGGAGACACUCAAACUAAUGCUGCUUAUAUAAUCAAGGUGGAACUGCUGGCUGCUAAGAAUCUCAUUGGUGCAAACUUAAAUGGAACUUCAGAUCCUUAUGCUAUUGUAAAUUGUGGAUCAGAAAAGCGAUUCAGUUCUAUGGUCCCUGGUUCGAGAAAUCCAAUGUGGGGUGAAGAGUUUAAUUUCCCCACAGAUGAGCUUCCUGUUAAGAUCAAUGUUACAAUUCAUGAUUGGGAUAUCAUCUGGAAAAGUACCGUUCUUGGCUCUGUAACUAUUAAUGUUGAGCGUGAAGGCCAAACGGGUCCAGUGUGGCAUUCAUUAGACAGUCCAUCUGGGCAGGUUUGCCUUAACAUUAAUGCAAUCAAACUACCAGUAAAUGCUCCUAGGGCUGUAACGGGAUAUGCUGGAGCCUGUAGAAGAAGGGUCACAUUGGAUCAGCAAGGCCCAACAAUUGUACAUCAAAAGCCAGGUCCCCUGCAGACGAUAUUUGAUCUCCUGCCCGAUGAGGUUGUUGAGCACAGUUAUUCAUGUGCCUUGGAGAGGUCAUUCCUGUAUCAUGGCCGAAUGUAUGUUUCCGCGUGGCACAUAUGUUUUCACUCCAAUGUGUUCUCUAAGCAAAUGAAGGUUGUUGUCCCUCUGGGAGAUAUAGAUGAGAUCCGUAGAAGUCAACAUGCAUUGAUAAACCCAGCUAUAACAAUCAUUCUACGGAUGGGUGCUGGUGGACAUGGUGUUCCCCCUCUUGGGACUCCUGAUGGUAGAGUGAGGUAUAAAUUUGCAUCAUUUUGGAACAGGAACCAUACAUUGAAAGCAUUGCAGCGUGCGGUUAAUAAUUAUCAUGCAAUGUUAGAAGUCGAGAAGAAGGAGAGAGCAGAAUCUGCUUUACGUGCUCAUAGUAGCUCUGUGAAAGGAGGUGGUAAAGUACAAGUCAAAGCUCCUGAAAAUACUGCAGCUCAACCUGUGAAGUUUCAAGCUUUCAUCAAGGAAGAAGUUCUUGUCAAUAUCUACAAUGAUGUUUUUGCCAGCACACCUGAGCAAGUCCUGAACGUCUUGCUGGCUGAUGAUUCCACUUACACUAACGAGUACAGAUCUGCACGGAAGGAUAAAAAUCUUAAUAUUGAGCCGUGGCAUACUGCUGAAGAAUAUGAUGGUCAAGUGAGGGAGAUUAAGUUCAGAUCCAUUUGUAAUAGUCCCAUGUGUCCACCAGACACUGCUGUUACGGAAUGGCAGCACGUUGUUAUAUCACCAGAUAAGAAAGUGCUGGUUUUUGAAACUGUGCAACAGCCACAUGAUGUUCCUUUUGGUUCUUACUUUGAGGUCCACUGUCGAUGGCGCUUGGAAGUUAAAGACGAGACUUCAUCUGUUAUAGAUAUAAGAGUCGGUGUACAUUUUAAGAAAUGGUGUUUGAUGCAAUCAAAGAUUAAAGCAGGGGCAAUUGACGAGUACAAGAAAGAAGUGGAAGUGAUGAUAGAAGUGGCAUUGUCGUAUCUUAAGUCACACUCUUCAUCAAGUAGCCUUGACAAGUCUACUUCAUCAUCUGCAACACCAGAAAACAUCAGCUAAAACCUAAUUUACCAAAAUUGAAAAUCCUCUCAAAGUUUCAUUUUCAAGCCAACUUAGAUCAUCCCUUCUUUACAUUGUUAAAGUGUAUAUGUGAUCACGGUAAUUAUAAUGGAUAUUUACAGGGGCUUGUCUGA